AUGGGGAUUGACGAAGCAGGUCGAGGGCCAGUGAUCGGACCUAUGGUCUAUGGUGCUUGCAUUAUCUGCUCGAAGCGAAACAAUGAGCUCAAGGAGAUGGGGUUUGCCGACUCCAAGACCUUGACGGAGGAGAAGCGCGAAGUGCUGUUUGAAAGGAUCAAGGAGAGCAAUGUUCUUGGGUGGCUGGUGGAGGUCUUAUCAGCGAAGCAGCUGUCUGGGAGUAUGCUUCAAAGAGCCCCGUACAAUCUCAACGCAAUCUCGCACGAUACAGCUAUAGGGAUGAUCAGAAAGGUGUUGGCAGCGAACUUCAACCUUAAGAAGGUGUUCGUGGAUACCGUUGGCGAUCCAGAACGCUAUGAAUCGAAGCUGAGCAGUCUUUUCCCCUCAAUUGAGUUUGCUGUACGAAAGAAGGCAGAUAGCUUGUUUCCUGUCGUCAGUGCAGCCUCGAUCUGCGCUAAAGUCACGCGCGAUCGGUGUGUGAGAGAUUGGCAAUUUAAGGAGACGGGGGUUUCGUUUUCCACAGACUAUGGAUCAGGAUACCCAUCAGAGCCGCAGGUUUUCGGCUACCCAGACCUCGUAAGGUUUAGCUGGUCAACGACCAAGAAGAUCAUAGAAACACAGGGCGAGAGUUUUGAAUGGGAAGCAGAUGAGAUGGAGGAAGACCAAUCUCAGAGCAAGAUCAACGGGUUCUUCACGACACAAGCAGGUUGGCUCCAAAUGUUUUAG